GCGUUAACUAAUUCGCGUUAUAUAACGCGAUUUUUUUCCAGCUUCGAAUUUUAAAAGAAAUUGCUGUGAUUAAAAAAUACCGGAGGCUUUAUUUGCAACUUGCUAAUAAAAUCUCGGACACCCGUGUAUAUCCUAGACCACAGGAACAAGUUUUGUCUGUAACACAAAAUUAUAGGUCCAUAUAUGUGCCUAGACCAAAAUGUUAUGGAGUCGAAUUAAACUGGGAUUAAAUCGACAGACGGAAGUAGAUAGAUUGUAAUCUUGUGAAUUUGUUAUAAGGUCUGGACCUUCUGAUUCAAUAAUUCAUAACUAUGUCUGGCAAAAUAUGAAAAUGCUUUAAACAGAUUGAAUAAUGAAUAGGCCCUAUCGCCAGUAUUUAACGGUGUAUAUAGUCCACGAGUGGACUUUGAUCAAUGCAGCAACGUUUAUGAGCAUGUGACUUGCUUACUGUGACACAACUGUGACAACAUGUAAACGAUAUGGACACGAGGAUGUAAACUUUGUGUUGAUAUAAUGCCAGCUCGCAAGAAAGUGAAAAUGGUUGAAUUUAUGAAGUGACUGGACAGUAGACCGGAGCUGUAAACAAUGUACUUGUACACGAGUGUUGUGGUUGUGUUUAACUUGUUGCUGUUUAUGAGUGUGCGGUGUGUUGCAAGACUAAGAAAAUGUGAGCCACUUUUAUUUGUAAGAGAUCUGGACUCGGAAGAUACACAUGUAAAAGAAAAGCCUUCUAAGGAGUUGAGCAACCUUUUAUCCAACAAUGUUACAGAAAAAUACAAAGAGAAGUUUAAAGUGUACGUGUCAAACACUGGCCCUGCUGUCAUAGGAUCGGAGAUCGAUUUUCUGGCCGAGCUUUAUACAGAGAUAGUAGACAUCGACAAAAAGCACUUCCUGUACCACUGGAUGAACGAUGCCGACGAUUCAGAGAAACUGGAGACAACUAACAACUACAGAAGCAAUAUAUCGUCUUACAUCUUCGAUUCAGAACUCAUCUUGCCCAACAAAUACAAAAUGAAAGUGUGUGUCUACAAACGACACAAAGAAAAUUUUGUGAUAAUUGGAGAAAACCACACCAUGUUUGAAUUAACAGCAACAUUGAAUGGGAGAAGUCACAUCCAUCAAAACCUUACCUUUAACAGCACGAGUCUGGACAUUUUUUCGACAAAUAGAGUGAUACAGUACAGUGUGAAUUUGACAGACAAAUUUCACUCCGCCCCACCCUACUGGUUUCAUUUGUUUGUGGACGGACAGCGUGUAGAAACCAAAGAAAAUGUCAACUUCUUUGAUUUCAUCCACAAUAGUACAGGGAUGAUUCAGGUGAAAGUUCAGGUGGUCAUGGAGUCAUUUGGUACAGAGGGCAAGCUACAGGGGAACUGGUCCAGGUCUAUUUAUUUAGAAGAUGAAGUACAGAAAGUUAACAUUGUGUCUGAUUCCAAGAUUAUUACUGGCAACCCUGUUAAAUUUAACAUCACUUUUGAUGGAAGUGAUGUCCGUAUCUGCUGGAGGAUAGUGGAUCUCGAUAACAACACUGCACACAACAGGUCAUGUGAUGGGCCGCUGUCCAGUGGAUGGUUCCUCACCCCAGGGGUCGUCUUGCCCCCAGGACAGUAUAUUGCAGAUGUUGUGGUUACUAAUGAUGUCAGCUCUGUGAAUCAUCGCAGUGGCAUCAAUGUAGUUUAUAAUGGAGGAGGAUCGGGAACCUCCUCCCCUUUGGUCGUACCUAUCGUCUUCAGCAUGCUGGGCAUGGUUGUCUUACUGUCAGGGGCUGCCUACAUUGUCCGGCUGAGGAAGAAAAAGGACGUAGAGGUUGCAGAUUUUGAUUUCCAUCCAGAGAUUCAGUCCACAGGAUUCCGGAUAUUCCAGAUGAUCCGAGGGAGUAUUAGUGACAUGUUUCAGCGUAAUGAAUAUGUGAGGAGACACAGACGUGCUAAAUAUCACCAGACUUUAGCAAGGUCCUAUGGUUCUCUAGAGGACUCUAAUGAAGUGUUAUGAAAACAGAAAUGAAGCAUUCAUUGUUGAACUUGACUUCUGAUCAAACAUAUUGAUAUUACAUUGGAUAUCAUUUUUAUACAAAUGUUUAUUUUUAUUCCAGUUAGUGUAUUUUCAUUUGGACUGUUUUGAGUUUUGCUUUAUAGAUAUGUCCAUUCCAAACACAAAACCUCACACACACUUCUAUAUAAAUGCUUUGGAAUUAUCUAAGCUAACUUUCCAUACUGGUGUAUAUAUUUGCAGUAUAUUUACUUUUGUUGUUUUUAUUGAUAUUAGCAUUACUCACGACUUUCACUGUGUAUCCCAACACUUAUGGAUUGUGAUAUUGAAUAAGGAAUACAAGUAUGAAAUUAAUUAAUUUGCAUAGUUUUGCACUAGAGUAUCUGUCAUUUCCCCCCAAAAGAGGAACCUGGCAUGAUGUUUUAAAUUUGUGGACAAAUUAUAAUUUAUAUUUUGUUUUGGAGUAGCAAUGGGCCACUUUUGGCUAUUUUGAAAUUGGACAAAACUGUUUUUCAAUGUGUCUGGUAAAAAACGAUUAGAAGAUGCAAAAAUUCCCAUGUAUACAGUGUUCAGAAAAAUGUGUAUGUUUAUGGCUUCUUUGUGUUAUAUAAUAUUUAAUAUUACAUUUCACUUAUGCUAUGAAAACUGUAUUACAAAUGCUUGUAAACAUUUUGGUAGUUUGUUACAUGCUGCCUGCUGUUUCUAGGUUCUUAAUUAAAUAUCAAAUGUGCCAUGUAGUCAUACACUCUGUGAUAAAAAAGCUUCAUCACCGAUCUUUUGUCGUGUUGCAGGCUAUAUUAUUUGUUGUUAUAUACCAGUUAAGCACUAUUGUAAAAUUGUACAUAAAAUUAAAAUGUUCUGAAUUCAUGCAGUGAUUUGUUUCCUAAUCAGUAUGUCUGGAUCCCUCUAUACAAUCAUUGUGUGGUAGCUAGGUUAUGUACUACAACCCUCUGUGCAAUCCUUGUGUGGUAGCUAUAUUAUGUAUGGGUUGUACAAAACUUUUGUUUUGAAAUACUGUUUGUCAAAAUGCAGCACAAUGUUUGAAAAUAAAACUUUUGAAAUGUC